AAGCAAGAACAUUCUAUGAAGUGGGCUUUUUCCCUUCUUUCCCCUCAUCCAGAUGUACAGUUGGAUCACCUGAGCCUCCUGAAGCAGUUUGAACACCUGGAUCCUCAGAAUCAGCACACGUUCGAGGCCCGAGACCUGGAGCUGCUGAUCCAGACGGCCACCCGUGACCUUGCCCAGUACGAUGCAGCCCAUCAUGAAGAGUUCAAACGCUACGAGAUGCUCAAGGAACAUGAGAGACGCCGUUACCUGGAGUCGCUGGGAGAGGAGCAGCGAAAGGAGGCAGAGAGGAAGCUGGAAGAGCAACAGCGACGGCACCGAGAGCACCCCAAAGUCAAUGUGCCUGGCAGCCAAGCCCAGUUGAAGGAGGUGUGGGAGGAGCUGGAUGGAUUGGACCCCAACAGGUUUAACCCCAAGACCUUCUUCAUACUGCAUGAUAUCAACAGUGACGGUGUCCUGGAUGAGCAGGAGCUGGAGGCCCUCUUCACCAAGGAGCUGGAGAAGGUGUAUGACCCGAAGAAUGAGGAGGAUGACAUGCGGGAGAUGGAGGAGGAGCGGCUGCGCAUGCGGGAGCACGUGAUGAAGAAUGUGGACACCAACCAGGACCGCCUCGUGACCCUGGAGGAGUUCCUCGCGUCCACCCAGCGGAAGGACUUCGGGGACACCGGGGAGGGCUGGGAGACGGUGGAGAUGCACCCCGCCUACACAGAGGAGGAGCUGAGGCGCUUCGAGGAGGAGCUGGCGGCCCGGGAGGCCCAGCUGAACGCCCAGGCGCAGCGCCUCAGCCAGGAGACCGAGGCUCUGGGGCGCUCCCAGGGCCGCCUGGAGGCCCAGAAGCGAGAGCUGCAGCAGGCGGUUCUGCAAAUGGAACAGAGGAAACAGCAGCAGCAGCAGCAGCAGCAGCAGCAGCAGCAAGGCCACAAUGCCCCAGCCCCUGGCCCCGAGGGACAGCUCAUGUUCCAGCCCCACAACACAGAUGACGCUCCUGUCCCAGCUCCAGCCGGGGACCAGAAGGAAGCAGUUGCUUCAGAAAAGAAGGUCCCUGAACAGCCCCCGGAGCUGCCCCCGCUGGAUGCCCAGCACCUGUGAUCCUGCAGGAAGGUGGCAUCUGGGCUCCUACGGACGCAGCUGCUGGGAGGACGGGGAAGCGUCACAAUCCACCUCCUCUGAGGACAAUACAGUGGCCUCCUAGGGAAGUGGGAUGAGGCGGCCCUUCCCACUUUGCUACCCAGGCCCCUAUCUGCUGCUUAGCUUCCAGCCUCCGGGUGUGUGGUCCCUGGUCUCUGUCCCCCUCCAGGGACCUGCUCCUGGUGUUCAGUGGGGGCACUCACAGGGUCAGCUAGCUUAGGGGCCUCCUCCCUCCCGGGGGGAGGGGUCCGCCGUGUCCCUGCCUUCAUAGGUGGACCGGCCUCGCUGCUCCGGGUUGGGCCACUCCAGCAUCCUGCAUCCCACAGCUGCUGCUCUGGGCCCGUUUCUGCUGCUUUAUGGGGCGUGGGUGGUCCCUCGAGACCUUUCUCUGCCUUUUGUGGGACCAGCGAUGCCUUGAAGACUGUGUAGCCCACGGCUGGGCCGACUCCCUGACCCCUGGCUUUCAGCCUCCUCAGCCUUGGCCCCUCCCUGAUGGCUUGGCCCUCGCCCCUCGCCCCUCGCCCACUCAGCCACAGGAGGGUCCCAGAGCUGACCCUGCCCAGGAUCAGGUUCCCGCCCCUCAGCCUCCGUGGGAGGCCCAGGCCCUCCUUCCUGGCCUUAUCUCACUGCUGUGUGGCCUGCUGUGUAUCCCGCUCCAUCCAAAUACACUUCCUGGAACAAG